GUGGAAGAAAUGAUCCACAGAAGGUGUAAUGAUAAAGUCAGGAGCAGUUGGACCAGGAAGGAGAAUCUAACAGGAGUCGUUUUAACGCAGAAACAGACGCUUCACCUCAACAGUCGGCCAUGUUGGUCCUCGCCCUGCGUCAAGUUGCUGGUAUGCAGACAGCUGGUCACCAAUAACACGGCCCCAGAGCCCAGAUGGCCCCAGAGCCCACAUGGCCCCGUCAUCUGAGGGACAUUUAAACUUUAAAUGGCCUCAGUGGACAGCUGUCUGCUGAGCGACAGAGAGGAGAGGAGCAGAUCAGAAAUGUUCUCCUGUGAAAGCUUCACUGCCUCAGUCUGAUCCAGCCAUGGGCGCCUUCAUCGCCAAGAUGCUGCUCCCCACCGCCAGCAGCCUGGUGUUCCUGCCGGCCGCCAGCGUGGCCGCCAAGAGGGGCUUCCACACCGAGGCCAUGGUCUACUUCUUCACCAUGUUCUUCACCGCGAUUUAUCAUGCCUGCGACGGUCCAGGCCUCUCCGUCCUCUGUUUUAUGAGAUACGACAUCCUGGAGUACUUCAGCGUUUACGGCACGGCGCUCUCCAUGUGGGUCACGCUCGUAGCUCUGGGAGACUUUGACGAGCCACAGCGCUCCACCAUAUCGAUGUUUGGAGUGCUGACCAUCGGCGUGAGGAUCUACCAGGACCGCUGGGGCUACGGGAUCUACUCCGGACCAAUCGGAUCAGCCGUCUUCAUCAUCACCAUCAAAUGGCUGCAGAAGAUGAAGCAGCUGAGGGCCGUCUACCCGGAGAAGAGCGUUUACACGCAGCAGGUCGGUCCAGGCUGCUGCUUCGGCGCCCUCGCUCUGAUGCUGCGCUUCUACUUUGAGGAGUGGGACUACGCCUACGUCCACAGCUUCUACCAUCUGUCUCUGGCCGUGUCCUUCGUGCUGCUGCUGCCCAAGAAGAACCGCUACGCCGGGACGGGAGAAAACGCUGCAAAGAUCACCUGCUUGACGCUCUGCUGCUGCACAAUGUCGCCGGGUUCUUCCAAAGAAAAGACGAACAAACCACAGAAGAAGAAGUCGUCUCGGUCGGUGUGGCGACUCCCCACGGAGAAGCUGUGGCCCCGAGGGUCCGGCACCCCCACCCUGCCGGUCUGCGCCCCCCCGCCCUCCCACCCAGUCAAAGGGACGAGCAUCAGCAAGCUGAAGGAGCUGAACGGCUGGAAGUGAAGCCGCGGUCAGCCGGACGGGCCGGCGGCGCUGGACCGGCACCAAGCGGCUGUCAGGACUCAGGAAACGCAUGAGGAUUUUCCUUCCUACCUAACUGAGACCUGGCUGGUUUUCUGUUUAAGCAGCCAUCUGAGGAAUCCGCCAGCGACUGGAAGCCAGAUGAUAAA